CGAUCUCACCGCCUCUGUAUUAAGUCUAGACUAAAAAGCCACCCUUCCGAUUCUUCCCAGAAGCUUCAUCUAUCACCUCACAGCUCUCCCUUCCACUUCCACGCCCAUCUCCCUGCGUCUGGAAAAACACCUCUAAUUCCUCAAUUCACCAUGUCGCUCCUAAACACCACACGCGUCGUCGCACGCACCGCCGUCCGCAGCCCAGUAACCCGCCGCUUCGAAUCAACAACCGCCCAGAAGGCCACUGAAGCAGCCAAGGAUACAGCUAGCAAGGCCGGCCAGACUGCCGCGGAGUACAAGAGUAAGGCGAGUGAGGGCCUGAGCAGAGUGUCGUCUGCGGCUGGACCUGCGAUUUCGGGCGCUGCGAAGGGAUUGGGGAAUGCGCUGGGGAAGAUUGGUGGAAGGACCGGGAGGGUGAUUGCGUUUGUUGAGCGUCAAAUCCCACCUACAAUCUACUACGCUCGCGUUGGACUUGAGCUCUCAAAGUUGGUUUUCAAGGGCCAACAGAUGACUCCUCCACCUGUCUCAACCUUCCAAAACUACUUCCAGCGCCUCCUCAAAUCCGUCCGGAACCCCAGUGCGCUCCUUGGCACUGCUGAAUCGACCGCCAUCCAGGCAGCCGCGAACCCUACUGGCGUCUUACAGUCAUUCCGUGAUAUCAAGAGGGAGCAGGUUGUUGCUAGUGCGGUUAUAGGCGCGGAGCUUUUAGGCUUCUUCACUGUCGGGGAGAUGAUUGGAAGGAUGAAGCUUAUUGGGUAUAGAGGUGAGACUGCGCAUCAUUAGAUGGGCUGUGAUUGAUGAAUAGAGCUAUUAUGGAUGAACUGUCGGUGAGAGAAAGGGAGAUUGGGGGAACGAGAGUAUGAUAGGUAGAGAGAUGCUGUUGAGAGAGAGAAAAGUUGCAUGGAUCGACGGACUGUACCAUGUAAUACAAUGCCCUUUUUUUUCCUUUUAUCUGUAUCAAUCAAUACACAAGAGCAUAAUAGAAUGUUUGAGUACAUAUUAAAGCUGCCCU